AUGGACGAAUUUGAGGCUCUCUUGCUCCUGGUCUACUUCGUGGGCUUGGGAAGCGGGAUCGGCCUUAGUUGGCUUUGCCGCUGCAAGCGGCUGCCAGUGGUUCCGGAAGCUCUGCCGGUUGGCGCUGAGGCAGCGGCGUUGGUGGUGGCAGAGCCUGUUGCGCCCGCAGAGCUUGGCGGUGAUUCGGGCAGAGCUCGUCCUGAUGAUGAUGAUGAUGAUGAUGAUGUGGAGAUUUGCGUCAUCUGCCAGGAUUCGCUGGUCAGCGAUGCUUCGGCCUUGUGGUGUGGCCAUCGGUUUCAUGGGGCCUGCGUGGAAGUGGCGUGUGUUGGCUUGGAUGCCUGCCCGUAUCGCUGUGAGACCUCCAACCAGGUCAUCCAACCGCUUGGUGUCGGCCACGCCGCGGCUCCUGGGGGCAAUGGUGCAUCUGAAUCUGAAGCCCAUGGCCUCUAUGAAGCAGCUGAGGCCGUGCAUCAUUAUCCACCCAAGGACAUGGCUGCAGACGUCGGCUAUCCAGUCCGUGGUGGGCAGACCCUUCUGAUUGCGUACUUUCCCUGGGAGGCUUCGGAGGCCGACAUCGAGCGCGAGUUUAGCAAGUUUUGCCGGGUGAAGCGUGUACACCUCGUGGUGGAUAAGUCUUCCCGGAAGCCGCGUUGCUUUGGCUUUGUGAAGUUCCUGAGUAAGGUCAAACGGAAAGCGCGAAGCUUCGUCGCCGACGGAUCUCCAUUCCAUGCUUAG